GCAGAGAGAAACGCGUCGUCUCUCCCACUUUCCCCCUUUUGAUUAUUAUCGGAUCAGAACAAUUUGGAAAAUUUUGAGGUUUCUUCUGGAUUGGUGAGAAGAUUCUUCAAACUUUUUGCUGAAUUCGAUUAAAGGGUUUCUCUGUUCACGUUAAUCCUUCUCAAAAAUCUUAACUUUCCCGAGAAAAUUUUGAGUUUUUUUUUUCCUCCGAGAAACCGUCGCGAGUGACUACGGUGUGAUGCAAUUCGUGGAUUAGGAAAUAAAGGAAGGAUCUUUUAUCUUCUUUGCCCUUUUGGUCUGUGUUAUGGAGACGACUUGUGGAGAGGAUAAGGAAGCCAAUGGGCGUGAGAAUGGUGAUAAGGAUGUUGUUGUUGUUAGUCUAAAGAGCAGUGAACCUGAGGAUCAGAUAUCUGAGGAGGAAGAGGAAGAAAGUGAGUCGCAGUGUUUGUUGCCUCCAAGGAAAGGAGGGAUGUCGAGAAGUACUGACAAGAUUAAGAGGACUGUCCAGUGGAAUGACAUCAAAGGAGAUAAUCUUGCUGAGGUUUUAGUUUAUGAACCAAGCGAAGUAAGCGAUACAGAUGACGAUGAUUCAGAUUCCUGCAUCUGCACAAUUAUGUAAUCCUUCAAAACCCCGCAAUCAACCAAACAUUAACAUGGAGUUUAACAAAGAGCUUCGUUGGCUUCUUUUCAGCAAACAGUUUUUUUGUGAGGACAGAAGAAACCAACAUAAGAGAGUGGACUUGUUGUGACAAGAAGACCAGUCCAAACGAAGGAUGUAGACUCAGAUAAAAGCUAAUAUCGGAGUGAGAGUAUAUAAGAUUACUUGCUGUAUUGUUCAAUAGAGGCUAAUCUUUCAAACCAAAAUAUGUUUCGGUGCUGUUUGAUUUUGACAGGGGUUUUGAUAACUAAACAAACUAUGUAAUGUCUUUCUGCAACAUACCAAUGCUAAUUAAACUGUAAGCACUUCUU